UUACAAUCCCCUGCUUCGCAAACCAGAUCUCGUCCCCUGCAUUCCCUCUCCCUCGCUCUCGCACAGGCAAGAUCAGCAAGGAACAGAGACUGCGACGGAUCGGCCGUUCUUGCGGAUCCCGUGAUCGGUUUCGGUGGCCAGAUGUCGGAGAAGGACGGCGCCGGAGCCGGGAGCGAGGCGGCGGCGGCGCCGGAGGAGCCGUGGGACGGAGGAUCGGGCGUGGACGGGGGGUCUCGCGGCACCUGGGGCUCGCGGCCGAACGGCAUUUUCCAUUCCGAGCCCGCCGCGGCCGACGCCGGCGCGUCGGUGAAUCAGGUGGCUGACGUGGAGCGGACGGAUUCGGAUGACGAGGAAGCGACGGCGGUUGGUGACGAUGCCGGAAAAGAUGAGUUUGUUGAUGCGCAGGAGGAGUUAAAUGCUGAUGCCAGGGAAGCGAUGAUGACUGCUGGAAUAGGAGGUGCGGCGGAGGAAAGGAGAAAUUUGCGCGAGAGCAGCUUUGGCCAACUUGAGAAUGGACCCUGGGUCCAUCAGUCGACGGAUGAGCUCUUCCGGCUGCAAAUGGUGUUGGAGAAGACCGUCAGUGAGAAAGAAAUUGCUAUAAGGCAAUACAAGGAAGAAAGAGAUAUGUAUGCCAAAGAACUUGGCGAUCUUCGCCAUCAGCUCAAAGGUUUGACUGUCAAACAGCCAUUGUUCCAUGCAAAUGGUAAUAUAAUGAUUAAUCAACAAGCAGAAUCUGAAGAUGGGGAGGAAAAAGCCCAUGUACCUGGGUACUCGCCACACGAUAUGUUUAGGGAAUGUUCAGACUUCAUUAGAGCUGCACUAGAAGAACGUUUGCGGAUGGAAGCUACGAUAAGAGAGCUUCAUGCUAUCCUUUCUACACAGGAUCAACAGAUGGAAGAUCUUAAAUUCAAGAUUGCUGAUUCCGCUCAGAAAUCUGCCGAGAUAUUUACGAAUCACCAAAAUGUUGAAGAUGCUACUAGUAGAAUAUUAGAUUCACUUGCCUUAGUAGUUGAACAUGAAGAUCUUUUGGAUGGUUCCGUCGGCGAGAAAAUAAAUCUUGUUGAGAGGAAAACGUCGUGGUUAAUUGAAAAUUUCAACCGGAUCCGUUUACAAAUUGAUAAUCUUAGGCAGUGUUUAUCUGAGGUUUCUCCAGAAUCUUUAGAUUCUAGGAUGCGCGAGGAUAGGGGGGAUGUAAUCAUUGCAGCUUGUAAUGAGUUGUUGGAGCUGAAAAGGAAGGAAGCACACUUUGCUGGAAAACUAAGCCAAGCAGAAGAUGAAAACAGAAAAUUGAUUGAACAGCUGUAUAAGGACAAAGAAUUGGCAGAAGAGACUCAUGCAGAACUUAGCCGACUUAAAAGUGAAGUUGAGCAGGAGAAGAUGCGUUGUGCUAACGUCAAAGAAAAGCUUAGUAUGGCUGUAACAAAAGGAAAGUCAUUGGUGCAGCAGAGGGACUUGCUGAAGCAUUCAUUGGCCGAUAAGACGAGUGAGCUUGAGAGAUGCUUGAUGGAACUUCAGGAGAAGUCAAUUGCAUUAGAGGCGGCUGAACAAUCUAAGGAAGAGUUGGUACAAAGUGAAAAAUUGGUUGCACUACUGCAGGAAAACCUCUUGCAGAGGAAUGCGAUUCUCGUCCGGUUUGAGGAAAUUCUUUCCGAGGCUGGUUUACCUGAGGAAAUGCGAUCGGUUGAGAUUGUUGAUAAAUAUAAAUGGCUUGUGGAUGAGAAAAAUAUGUUGGAAGGUGCUUUUAUGGAAUUUCAGAAAUUGAGAGAUUCCUUAACUGAGAUAGAGUUGCCUGAAUCUGUUUCAACUUCCAACUUGGAAUCCCGUAUUUUUUGGCUUAAGGAGUCAUUUACUCAAGCCAACAACCAAGUAGAAACUCUAUGGGGUGAAAUUUCUCGAAUAAAAGAAACUGCUUACAUUGAGAUCGACAGGUUAACUGCUGCAUGUUCUGUUGCAUCAGUGGAGAAGGAAUAUCUUGAAAUGGAGGUGGAUGAAAUAACAUUUGAGUACAAUGAUAUUGUCAAAAAGGAGCAACAAGUGUCAUGGGAGAAGGAGCAAAUGGUCAUGCUAUUGGUGAAAGCUUCUGGAAUCUCAGUUGAAGAAGACCUUGGGGUCUAUCAACGGCUAUCCUUUUCUGACUGCAACUUUCUCAUUGAAAGAUGCUUUGAAAAGGUUAAGGAACAGAGAACUUCUGAGUUGGGUCCUUCUCAUGCUGAUUUGGAAUCAUUUGAAAGAGUUAAAAGUCUGUUAUAUUUGCGGGUUCAGGAGUUAAUGCUACAUGAGAAAGUACUUGAAGAAGAGAUGCUGGAAAAGUCUCAGAAGGUUGAUAAUCUUUCAUAUCAGUUGCAAUUGUUGUCUAAAGAAUUUGAAAGACACAAAGAGGAAAAGGAUCAUUUGAAAAAAGAUCUCGAACGAUCAGAAGAGAAAUCUGCUCUUUUGAGAGAAAAGUUAUCUAUGGCAGUCAAGAAAGGAAAGGGGCUGGUUCAAGAUAGAGAAAACUUGAAACAUCUUCUGGAUGAGAAGAACUUGGAAAUGGAAAAACUGAAGCUUGAGAUACAGCAGCAGGAAUCUGCGGUUACUGAGUCCAGGGAUCAGAUAAACAGAAUGUCUACUCACAUUGAGCAAAUACCAAAGUUGGAGGCGGACCUUGUUGCCCUAAAAGAUCAACGGGAUCAACUUGAGCAGUUCUUGUUGGAGAGUAAUAACAUGUUGCAGAGAGUGAUUGAGUCCAUAGAUGGUAUCAAUAUUCCUGCAGACAGUGUCUUUGAAGAGCCUGUGGAAAAGUUAAAGUGGCUGGCGGGGUACCUCAAUGACUGUCAAAAGGCUAAGGAACGUGCUGAAGAAGAGUUGGCCAAUGCUCGAGAGGAAUCUAGUGAUUUAUUUGGCAGGUUAGCUGAAGCCCAUGCUGAUCUGAAAUUGUUGCAAGAUGAAAGGCAGGGGUUUGAAAAGUUGAAAGAAGAAGCCAUUGACUUAGAAAGCAAGUUAGUUGAAGCCAAAGCAUCUAUCAAAACUCUGGAAGAUUUGUUGUCAGCAGCACAGGAUGAUGUCCUCAGGCUUGUGGAAGAAAAGAGGGAAAUAGAAACCAAUAAGGAAAAUGUUGAAAAAGAGCUGCUGAAAGCCAUUGAAGAAGCUUCUUCCCAAGCUAGUAGCGUCACUGAGGCUUGUGCUCUCAAGAAAUCCAUUGAAGAGGCAUUGUCGCAGGCAGAGAAUGAUGUUAAUGCACUCACCAAUGAGAAGGAAGCAGCACAAGUCUUUAGAGCUGCGGCAGAAAGGGAGCUGGAGAUACUGAAGGAGGAGAUCUCCAUUCAGACUGGCAAAUUGGCAGAUGCACAACAAACUAUAAAGUCACUAGAAGAUGCAUCACUGGAGCUGGAGAAGAAAGUUGGUUUGUUAACUGAGCAGAACCAUAAUUUAGAAGUUGGGAGAAGCCAUAUGGAGACUGAGCUGAAGAAGCUGCAAGAUGAAUCUGCAACCAAGGAAAUCAAGCUGGCAGAUGUUUCUGUAACCAUUAAAUCAUUGGAAGAUGCAGUGUCUAAGGCUGAGAAUAAUGUGUUGGAGCUUGAGAAUCAAAACAAGAGAUAUAACCAGGAAGUAUCAGCACUCAAUUCAAAGUUGAAUGCAUGUCUAGAAGAAUUGGCUGGCAAAAACGGCAGUUUGGAGAGCAGGUCUCUAGAACUUGUCAGUUACCUUAGUGAGUUUCAUGCCCUUGUGAAAAACGAAAUGUUGUAUCCCCUCAUGAAGGAUUGCUUUGAGAAAAAAUGGGAGUGCCUGAAGAGCAUGAAUGACAUCCUUGAAAGAGUAAAGGAUCAACAUAUUUCCUUGCAUUCAGAAGCAGCAGAAAAGCAAACUGUUGAUGAGGACGAUCCCAUCACCAAAAAACAGUUCCCUGUUGAACUUAGCAAUAGCCUGGGUGUUGAGAUGGAAGCUGGUCUGAUGAAUGAAGUGGGUGAGGACAUCUCUUCAUUGUUUAGAAGGACCAUAGAAGGUUUUCAGUUUAAAAACAAAAUUCUUGUUGACAAAUUUGAGGGCUUUUCCGCAUUUAUAGAUGAAAUUCUGGCAGCGCUUUUGAAAAAGUUAGAGGAAAGAUGUGAUGAUGUGAAAGCUAUGUCUCAGGACAUGAGAUCUUUGAAGCAAGAUAUGAAAGAUAUGGAAACGUACAAGCUAGAGCAUGGCAAUACAGUGGCCAUGUUGGAAGAUGACAUUGCGACUUUAUUAUCUGCCUGUACUGAUGCCACCACAAAAUUGCUGCUAGAAGUUGAACGCAACUCUCUUGGGCAGUUGUCUAGUGCCGAGCUGGAAACCUCAGGUAGAUCUUAUGUAGAAGAAAGAGAAAGUAGUCUAAUUAACGCAGAAUGGUAUCAAAAGAAGGUUGAUGGCAGCAAACAUGCCAAGCCUAUUCGAGAUUUGUUAUUUUCCGUUCAAAAUGUUCAUGCUUUGCUUAAGCAGUUCCAGAGCACAAGUGAGGUGGCAACUUCAAAGAUACAAAAUUUGGAAAAUGAACUUAAAGAAGCGAAAGCAGUUUCUUUGGAAGCCAUAGAAGACGGAGAUAUGAAGCAAAAUAGGGUCUUUGAGCUGGAGAAUGAGGUAGAGACUUUGCAAAAUUCAUGUGGUGAGCUGAGGCUUAAACUCAAGGACUGUCAAGCUGAUUAUGACAAGUUGAAGGAAAGAGAGGUUGAACUCUUAGAGGUGCACAGUAACUCAUUGAUGAAGGAACAAGAAGCAGAAAGUUCAUUCAUGUCCCCAUCCGAACGGACAGCACUUUUGGACAAGGUCGAUGGGGUUAGAAUCUCCUCGGAAGAGUUAGGAGGAGACACAGAGCCCCAAAUUUCUCCUCAUGUGAAAAAGCUAUUCUAUAUUGUAGAUAGUUUUACUAGAGCGCAAGAACAAAUAAGUUUGUUGUCACAUGAUAAUCAAGAGCUACAGUCCACCCUUGCCGACCAGGUUCUUGAAAAUAAGCAUCUGCGGGAGGAAGUUGAAACACAUACGAGAUAUGAAGAAGACUCAGAGAAGAUGAAGAGAGAUUUAUUAGAGUUAAGAGUGAUUUUGGAGAAAAUUACAAAUAUGUUUGGUGGUAGUGAGUUAGUUAGAGACCACAAUACUUCUAGCUUAAAGGGACUUUUAGCAUCCUUAGAAAAGCAAAUUGUGAAUGUGCUUAUGGAAUUUGAAAACUCUAAAUCGGAAGCCCAAGAACUUGAAAUGAAGUUGUUAGGAAGCCAGAAGGUUGUGGAGGAGUUAUCGAGUAAAGUUAAAUUGCUUGAAGAUUCACUUCAAGGUAGAAGUACCCAACCAGAGAUCAUCCAGGAAGCACCUUCAUUGCCUGCUGGUUCAGAGAUAUCUGAAGUUGAAGAUGUGGGAUCAGUUGGAAAACCGGUGAUGCCUCCUGUUCCUUCAGCUGCUCAUGCGCGGACUAUGAGAAAAGGAUCAGCAGACCAUCUUGCUCUCAGCAUUGACUUGGAGUCUAAUCCUUUAAUCAGCAACCAGGAAACCGAUGAAGACAAAGGUCACGUUUUCAAGUCUCUCAAUACAUCAGGCCUUAUUCCGAAACAAGGGAAGUUGGUUGCAGACCGGAUCGAUGGCAUAUGGGUAUCGGGUGGCAGGAUUUUGAUGAGUCGACCCGGAGCUCGCUUGGGCCUUGUCGCCUAUUGGUUGUUCUUGCAUUUAUGGCUGUUGGGCACCAUCUUGUAACUUUUGCCAUCGAGUGGACCAGGACACCGCCGACAAUAUUCCCAUUCUCUUCAAUUUGUAUCAUAGAAAUAUCUGUAUGCCAAUUCGUUUUUUCUUUUCCUGUUAAAAAUAGUAAUAGUUUUUUUUCAUUACUUCAUAGUGCGAAAUUAGGGCAACAGUUUUAUAGAUAGGUCGCCAUACAAAAUUCUUUGGCAGUUCAGGGCUGUCAAGAAAUCGUCGGUACCAUAUUCCGUGGAGAAUAAGGCAUAUCACUUCCUGCCUUGUACAUUACUGAUGACUUUGAUCCUGCAUUUGUUGCUUUGGAUGUGUCGACAGACAUCUUUUCGACCAA